GAGUUUAUCUAGGAGAUGUGAAUAUCCUUUUUUUUGGUCUGCUCCAAGAAAAAACAUGGCUGCAAAGGAAAAACUGGAAGCAGUGUUAAAUGUGGCCCUGAGGGUGCCAAGCAUCAUGCUGUUGGAUGUCCUGUACAGAUGGGAUGUCAGCUCUUUCUUCCAGCAGAUCCAAAGAAGUAGCCUCAGUAACAACCCUCUUUUCCAGUAUAAGUAUUUGGCUCUUAAUAUGCAUUAUGUAGGUUAUAUCUUAAGUGUUGUGCUACUAACCUUGCCCAGGCAGCAUCUGGUUCAGCUUUACCUGUAUUUUUUGACUGCCCUGCUCCUCUAUGCUGGACAUCAAAUCUCCAGGGACUAUGUCAGGAGUGAACUGGAGUCUGCCUAUGAAGGACCAAUGUAUUUAGAACCUCUGUCCAUGAAUCGGUUUACCACAGCCUUAAUAGGUCAGUUGGUGGUGUGUACUUUAUGUUCCUGUGUCAUGAAAACGAAGCAGAUUUGGCUCUUUUCAGCUCACAUGCUUCCCUUGCUAGCACGACUCUGCCUUGUCCCUCUGGAGACAAUUGUUAUCAUCAACAAAUUUGCUAUGAUUUUUACUGGAUUGGAAGUUCUCUACUUUCUUGGGUCUAAUCUUUUAGUACCUUAUAACCUUGCUAAGUCUGCAUACAGAGAAUUGGUUCAGGUAGUAGAGGUAUAUGGCCUUCUAGCCUUGGGAAUGUCCCUGUGGAAUCAACUCGUAGUCCCCGUACUUUUCAUGGUUUUCUGGCUCGUCUUAUUUGCUCUUCAGAUUUACUCCUAUUUCAGUACUCGAGAUCAGCCUGCAUCACGUGAGAGGCUUCUUUUCCUUUUCCUGACAAGUAUUGCUGAAUGCUGCAGCACUCCUUAUUCACUUUUGGGUUUGGUCUUCACGGUUUCCUUUGUUGCCUUGGGUGUUCUGACACUCUGCAAGUUUUACCUGCAGGGUUAUCGAGCUUUCAUGAAUGAUCCUGCCAUGAAUCGGUAAGUU